AUGGCGCACCAUGUGAUCUCUGACUCGUUUCCUCUGGGAGCCAACGUCCAGGUGGUGAGCCUCGUCGCCGCGGACUACGACCAACCUGGCGGCCUCACCGCGACGCUGGUCGGCUGGGGCUCGCUCAUGUUCGACGGCGACGAGGCGGACACCCUCCAGCAGGUGGAGCUCAGCGUGCUGGACCGACAGGCCUGCCAGCUCCUCAUCGACUCGGUGCCGACGCCGACGCUGGAGACGACGCCGCGCAUGCUGUGCGCCGGAGAGGCCGGGCAGGCGGCCUGCAAAAGCGACGCCGGGGGGCCGCUGGUCAGCGCCGGGACGCAAGUCAGCGUCGCCUCGCUAGGCAUGUUCUCCGUCUGCGAGAACUCGGGCACCAUCUUUGCCGUCGUCGGCAGCUUGCGCGCCUGGAUUACUAACCACACUAACGUUUAG